AAACUUCCCCCCCCCCGCAGAAGAUCACAACAGACUCCAGAGAAUAGAGGAUCGUUAAGAAACAGCUAACUAGUUAGAACAUUCAAACUCCAUUUCUCAACCUACCUAACUUAAUCAUCCCAUCCGAUCUUAUCACUACUCGAAAAGAUCAUCCUUACCCAAUCAUAAUCGAGUCAUAAAUCACAUACGAAGCGAAGCCGAAGACGAAAAAGAAACCAAAAGAAAGUCGAAAAUGGCCCCCAUCGAGCGCAUCACCAUGUUCAAGAUCCCAAAUGAAUCUGAUCGCGAUCGAGUCCUUGAACAAUACAAAGUCCUCGCAAAGACUGCUCUUAAGGACGGCAAACCAUACAUCACAACCAUCGCAUUCGGCCCUACGAUCCCGGAUCCCCGAAACAAAGGCUUCAACCUCGCUGUAAAGAUGGCCUUCCCAUCUCUGGACGAUAUGAAGUACUACGAUACCGAGUGCGAGGCGCAUAAGGCUCUGAAGGCGGUCGUGGGGCCCGUUAGAGAGGAUAUAAUCUCGGCGUAUUUUGAGAGCUUGGUUUAGGUAGGGUGUGCUUCGGAUGGAUGGAUGGAUGUGGAUGAGUGUUUGGGAAGAAGAAGAGGAGGAGGGGGUAUAUGUUUAUCCGCUGGUAUCUCUAGAGAUGCGGGUUGAUUGAUUGGAAAGUAAUAUGCGAGCUAUGCUAACUAGCUAUGGCAUUGUAUGUAUAUGAAUGAGGUACGGAGGAGAUUGCGAGUGUAACCAUGUGGAGGAAAUGGAGGUAAAUUUACGAGAGAAAUGAAAUUGGUUAGAUUGUCAACCUUUUCGUGUAUUGAAGUUCUCGUUACCAAUGGGA